AUGAAAAAAAAUCUGGUAGUUUUCCUUCUGUGUGCCGUAACCAUUUAUGGUUGUAACGCUCUUCAGCACAAUUUAUUCUAUGGAAAUUGUGUACUUGAUAACAACACAGUACCCAUUUACACACAAGUCGUUCUUAUGGAUAAUCCGUAUGCUGUUCAUACACCAGCCAAACCAGUUCGACGUUGGUAUGAUUGGUUCAGUAAACUAUCAUUUCGGCGAAAAACUACUACAACACCCGCACCAUCAAUCGUCUCAGGAAAAGUGAUCAACGCAACUGUUGUCUUUCCACCACCAGGAAUAAAAAAUACACGCCUCAUCAAAUGUAUCCAAGUGAUCGACAAUAUCACGGAUGGUCACGGUGGAUUUGCAUCGAUCGAAAAGGGUGGCAUCAAUCAAAACAGCACACAAAUCCGUUUAACUUCGCAGCCAGGUGGAAAAAUCAACUCAAAAGUAGUAAUUUUCACAUACAAAGACCCACACACACCAGCAACAUACCAUCAAUCGCCAUUCGGUUGGAAAACGCAACCGAAUGCAAUCCCAAAUCAUCAUCCAAAUCAAAUUCCGGGUUCACAACAUCCAUCGAAUUACCAGCAUCAGCCACACAAACCCUACUAUCCAUGGCCAAAUCUCCACAAAAAAAAAUAAUUUCAAUCAAUUUGAACAAUUUUUUUUUCACUUUCCUAUUUAAAUGCACGAAAUUUCUUGAGACUAAAAUAAAUAUACGGUUAUCUGCAUUCGUAAAAGACCAAGACACAAAACAAUGUGAUCCUUUCGUUGAGACAAAGAACAACUAGCAAUAAAACUAGACUGGAGCGGCUGCUUGAUUGCUCUUUGACUUGGCUGCUGCUAUUCUGCAAAUUAUCUAUUUUCACCGUGCAUUCAGAGGGGAUAGAGAAGAAACGGCAUCAAAUUUAAUUGCAUAUCUUUAAUGAAUCGAAUGGGAGAAAGAGAAUCAAAAUAAUAAUAAAGGAAAUAAAGACAAUGUUUGUAACGUUUGA